UUGGUUGGUUGGUUAGGUAUGGGAAGUGUGUACUCGGUGUAUAGUGUAGUCUUGACAAGUAGGUAGUAGGUUAGGUAUGCCUCAGUUGCUAACAAACUUCGUGAUCGUGAAGGUUCGAAAAAAUCUGAGAUUGGAGCUUUGAUUUGAUUUUAAUUUGUAGAUUUCACGCGUUGAGUUUAGAAGAAUAAAAUUAAAAAUAAAAACAAACAUUGACCUUGAGUCAUGUCAUUUUUACGAAAAGUUCGUAACUCAAUAUCACGUGGUAAUAGUUCAACACGUGACAGUACUCCGAAUAGUCGUCGGUCUUCAUCGAUAGAAACAAACAGCAACAGACGCCGGGACUCAGUCGAAUCUAAGCCAGAUGGUUUACAACGCAGUGAAACCUUCACAAUUGACAAUGCUAACGAAUCGAUCUUGGCCAAAGUGAAACCAAAACCUACGAAGAAACAAAAAGUUGCAAAUAAAUUUGGAACUUUUACCAGAUCGAAAAUCAGUCCUGAUCCUCCGCCACCAUCAUUAGAGGCUGAAGAGAUAAAGGAUAAAACAUACUAUUCAUGGAAAUCAGGAAUUGUGGCCGAUCCUGCUGAAGCAGCUCGAGAUCCAUUCAAUGUUUUGUACGAGCAACCAUCGAGCUUGCAAUCGGAUCUUUCAGGAUGCUCAGACGGUGGUUCUCGCAAACAGGUACAGCAACCUAUUGACAGCUCUACUUUUCGGAAGAAUCGAGUUUCAAGGCAACUUAGGGAGCAAUUGGAACAGUUGAAAAAUCCUCCAGAAAUCUCUGAAGAAAUCGAAAACGAUCCCGAUAAAUUCCGUACGAUCACACUCAAUAGCUUUCGAAGAUCAUUCCGUGAGAAAUUCCUGUCGAAACAAAACGAAGUGCCACACAAUCCGUCAUGGUUUGUGGGAGUUGAUCCACCUCCAGGAGAUGAGAAAUCUGAAGGGGGUAAAGAUAGUGAUAGCCGAUCAGGUGUGUAUGUUUAUGAGAAUGAGAGCUAUCGACCAAUGUCACGAUCACCAGUGAGAAAUCGAACUCCUUUACAAAAUAUGUGCUCCAUCAGAAAUAUGUCACCGGUAAGGGAUAUGUCUGCGACUCGGAAUAGUUCUUCGGCUAGAAAUGUGUCACCAGCACGUCCAGAGCGCCCAGCUCGUUCUAAUCAAGCCAGAUCUUCAGUCAAACGAACAGAAACCUUCAGAGUCGAGCGACCACCACCACCACCACCAUCAACAGAACCAUCAAUCCGCAUUGAAAUAAAGAACUCAAUCAGUCCGAAUCAACCGGGGAGAAUGGUUCCAGUAGGAGUUGCAAAGCCAAUGCCAUCACAAGCUGUGCAUCAUCAGCAGCAGAUCCGAAAUAACCGAUAUGAGUCCCCAAAUCGUGGCAGCUGGAACAACCACCAGCCAUCGCGGGGAAAUUACGAGAAACAAGGUCGAUACCAGACCUGUAUCCAAAUCACUUCGAAUGACGCAUAUCCGAUCCACAAGGAACCAACUCGCGUCAGAAUCUCUGGUAAUACUCGAUCACCUCUUCGAUACAUCGUUUCGAAGAGGAAUGAUCCUCCUCCAACAAAAAGGCAAACCUAUUUUGGCGAUAACAUGCCGAUGGAUAUGCAGUAUGCUCCUGCUCCUGUCAAACCACGUCAGUACACCCAGCAGUCAGAUUUUCACUCCUACAACUUACGUCCAUCGAGACAACAUCAGCAUCAGACAUCCGGAAUGAUCAAUCGCAACGAGCCAAACCGAUAUUCCAUGACGCAAUCUGUUCCUAGACGUUCGCGAUCACCAAUUAAGGUGCCAUGGCGAUAGUGUGGGUGAAUAUUCUGCUAAAAACAACGAAUAACAACGCGACGCCAGGUAAACGUUUACGUCUGCGUUUGCGUCUGCGUCUACGUUUACCAGAAGAGUGCAAUAAGUUAAGACUGUUCUUCUCAUGAUGUCUUGAUGCCAUAUUAUUUUCUUUGAAUCAUUUAUCAUUUAACAACAAAUUAAAAUCGUUAAUAAACAAAUAACAUAACAAAUAAAAAUACACAAAUAAUAAAUUAAAAUACUUUAAAUUAA